AUGGGGGGAAACGUAAUCUACAUGCUCUGUUGCUUGGCACUGUUCGGUGGACAGCUGUGGUAUGGCGUCCGGAACAAGACCUGGUCGUUCACGGGUACCGUGUGCGCCGACGUCCUCGGAGAGGCAGUGGGAUAUAUUAGCCGCAUAAUGCUCAACCUGGACCCUUUCAGCAUAAACUUCUUCUUUGUUAAUUGCAUUGCGCCUACCAUGUCACUUGCUCUCCUGACCGCCGGUAUCUAUCUCUCGUUCGGACGCAUCAUCGUAGUCAUCAGAGCCGAUUAUCCGAAGUUCAAACGCAAGGCUUACACGUACGUCUUCAUCGGCUGCGAUCUGCUCGCUCUUGUCCCACAGGCUAUUGGUGGUGGCAUGGCUGCAACUGCAGGAGACAAGGACAGCUCACGAACGGGAGUCAAUAUCAUGAUUGCUGGUCUGAUGUCCCAAAUCAUCAUCAUGACUCUGUUCCUGGCUCUUUGGGGCGAAUUCCCUCUCCGUGUGCGGCAUGCGAAGAUCUCGAGCAGCUUGUCAUGCACCCAGCCACCGCUGUACGACUAUCUUAGUUCGACAAAGAACUUCAGCUGUUUCCAGUGGAGUCUUCUUAUUGCGACUUUGCUCAUCUAUGUGCGCUGCAUAUACUGUGUCGCUGAGCUUUGGACCGCUUUCGGCAGAGAUCUGGCUGACCACGAAGCCACAUUCAUGGUCUUCGUAGGGCCAAUGAUAGUCCUUGCAGUUGCUGCAUUGACAGUGUUUCAUCGCGGUUAA